AUGGGCCCCUCCUGUGAUUAUGAACCAGUAAGACACGUGCACUACAGUAACAACCAUCACCACCACCACGAAGACGACGACGAUCCGGAACCGAACGAGGAGGAGUACGAGGAAGAACUGAUUGUAACCAUACCACCCCCUCCGCCCCCUCCCGCCCAGGUAAUGGUGCAGCAGUUGCACUCGUUGCGUCUGCACUCACCAUCAGUAGAAUCAUCACCGUCACCGUCAGCGUCAGCAUUGCCACCUCGGGCCGUAACCGUACAAAUCGCCGUUCCUCCGCCAUCUAGUUCUAGUUCUUCCGCCUCCGCCGGAUCACCGUGGGUACCGCUGAAGUCGUCGUCGUCGUCGUCCUCUUCGGCACCCUCAUCAGCAUCAUCGACAGCACCGAUCGGCGGCACCGGUGGGCUUCCUCCGCCGCUGCAAUCUGCAUCAUCAUCAUCGUCAGCGUCAUCGUCAGUAACGUUCUCCACCUUUCGGAGGGUUCAUUGA